AUGUAUAGAAAUCAGUUAUAUUCGAAGAGAAAGCGAAGAGAGCCUAAUAAUCUUAAUGAUUUUAUAGUAACUACUACAACAAGUGCAAUAUAUGAACCAAUUGAGUCUAACAAAUCUGUUGAAGAUUAUUAUGGAACAAACAUGUAUUAUAAGAUAUUAGACUCCAUUAUAGAAAAUUUGAAAACAAGAUUUUCCCCAGAGAGUUUAAGUUUAGCUAUUUCUGUUGACAAAUUUAUGCAACUUAAUUAUGAAGGAAGUUUGGUGUUUAUUGAUUAUUAUAAGGAUUUAUUGGAUAUUAACAAACUAAAUAUUAAAUCAGAAAUGACUGUUGCUAGAAAUUGCAUAAAUAAAAUCAACAACGAUUUUAACAUUGACGAUUUGAAAACAACAAUAAAAAAAGAAAUUUUUCCAAAUAUUUACAAAAUGUUACAAGUAGCACUUACUUUACCAGUCAGCUCUGCAACAUGUGAGCAAUCUUUUUCGGCUAUGCGAAGAAUAAAGACGUGGGUAAGAACUUCUAUGCAUCAAGAACGCUUUACAAACCUUUCUAUUCUUCACAUAGAGAAGGAUGUUACAACAAAUAUUGAUACUGAAUGUAUUUUAAACGAAUUUUCUAAAUCCUCAAGCAUGAUGGUUUUAAAAUAA